CUCUCCUCCUCUCUGCCUCGCCACUUUCAGAGUGCAUCUUGUCUCUCAUUUGCAUUUCUUCCGCUUCCUUGUGACAAGAAACAUUUCAUGUCAAAGAGCUGUGUGAGAAGAUCACGCUGUAAGGGGGAGCAGCGUCUGGAUGGCAGAGCGGCUUGAAAAGAGUCAGGUACGCUGGAGAUGGGCUUGUUCACUGUGGAAGGGCUUCUGGUCUGGACGCGUGUCACUGACUGGAGAGUAAAGCAACACGGUAAUUAGAGACCUGGCGCUGGUACAUCACGACAGCAGCAGUGUUACCAUGGAGACUGGCAAGCCGGGAUUGGCGAGUGCUCCAGUGCACAUCGGCUCUGUUGCAGCGCAGCCAGAGAAAAGGAUGGACAUCCAGGCCCCACUUACGGCUGUUUACAUCCACGCAGUACCAGUGCAGCCUUACCCUCGGCCUCCUGCGCCCGCCCAGGAGCCGGCCACGGUUCAUCUGGCCAUGCCGCCGCUCUACUCCAAGGAGAUGCUUCCUUUCCUCACAUUCCAUAUUGCUGGCGGGAUGCAGUCUCAGUCGGGACUGAGUCUGGCUGCUGCUGCUGCUCCUCCUGCAACUAGACCCAAGUCCGCAAGAAAGCACGUGUGUCCUCACUGCGAUCGGGACUGCAUGAAGCCCAGUGUGCUGGAGAAGCAUCUCCGCUGCCACACGGGGGAGCGGCCUUACCCCUGCACCACUUGUGGAGUUUCUUUUAAGACUCAGAGCAACCUCUACAAACACAGACGCACUCAGGCCCACGCUCGACUUUCGUCCGAAUCAUCGGAGCAGAGCAGCCUGGGUAGUUUAGACAGUCUGUCCAGCUCGAGAGAGACUUGUGCCUCCAGUUUGUCUCUGGACGAGCGCGGCGAAGAGUCAGGGAGAAUGGAGAAGGAUACGCCACUACAUGCUGCCGAGAGCACCAGUCCAAAGGUCUACUCCGCAGUGCCGCAAAGUUCUGUCAGCGAACAGAAUGAGCGGACCCUCGCAGAACCAAAUGAAAGCGAAAAAGCAACAAAGGAAGAGGGGAAACAGAGAAUGGAAAAUGGACGGCCUAAUCUGACCGUAGGUCGACAUCUGCCCCUUCAGAGGCAAGAGGCCACUCUGUUCUCUAAGCAGUGGGAGAGGUCUGUGUCCAGGGGGAAAUCACAGAACCAUGAGAGCACAGACUCUGGCUUCAGUGAGAGCAGCGAUCACUAUCCGAGCCCUGGCAGUGUUUUACCGGACCACAGCAUGGAUUCGCUCUCUGAAUCCGCCAAGGACCACGCUGAAGGACCCGCCAGCACCAACGCACCUUCGGAGACGGACCACGGCGGACAGGUGCCCAAAGGUACGGCGAGACAGCAGGAGCAGAAGACGCUGGAGGAGCACAUAUCGAAGCUGAUUUCAGAGAACACAGCUGUCGUGGAGGACAAACAGCUGGAGAACGUGAGGCCACGGAAGACGGUUCUGUCGAAACAGGGUAGCAUCGACCUCCCCGUGCCGUACACUUACAAGGACUCGUUUCAUUUCGACAUGAGGAACAAUCAGAACUUUGGCUUGCAUAGGAACAGGAAGCCGGGAUUGUACACUUCUGUGCCCACACAGCAGUCCUCCGCCAUGGAGCAUGCCCCCUUAAUCCGCAGCAACUCCCUCCCGUUCAGCGUUACCCUCUUGCAGCCUGAGAGAAACAGCCCGACCUCCUUGUACCAGAGCGAUUAUGUAACACUCGUUCGCAGGGGAAGCUCUGGCCAGAUCAACCCGACAGGUUUCGCUAUCAAGCCUGUGAACCAGCACUCGUCCACCCACCGCCCACUGGUCCGGCAGACAGCCGUAGACUGCAACCACGCAACAGACGGUAUCUUUAUGAAUUCAUCUGUGGAGGAGGCGUGCACCGGCAGUCUCAGCUGCGACGGGGAUGGCAGUGACAUUUGUGGAGAGCCAAGCAACAGAAAGUUCAAGAGGAAGAAAGCACAGAAGUUUGCCUACAACAAGUGGUACAUGUACGGGGGUGGAACGUUUAAAAAGCUCUACGACGCCGAGAAAAGCGACGAUAACAGCGCUAUCAAAGGCAGGAAAUGUACUACAAACCAAGAGGCUGUUCAGAGUCUGCAAAAAAGGCAGGUCCAUAAGGAGACAGUAACAACAACAUUCUCGGCAGUAAACAGCACUGCUACAGUGGGCCACCCAGGUUGCCCUUCAGCCGGUCUAUCACUUGUCUCUGCUGUGGAUUUCAAUCUACAAACCAGCCAGCUGAAUUCAUCAUGCAACUCUCUUAAGGCUCCACUCCGGAGGAAUCUGUCUCUGUCGGUAAUACCGUCACCUUCUACUGGGUCACUUGUGAGCCAAAAAUUGGACUGUGUGAACAAAACAGAGGCUGGGAGAUUGGUCAGUGACGAAAGACACCGUGACUUUACAUCACAUCUCUGUGGGGCUCAUAUUCCCUCCGACAGGAAAAAGCAGAAGACUGAUGACAAAAUCAUUUUCCCUGUAGAGAAAGAGACUGACCGAAACACACUGCGGCAUCCCCUUCCCUCUAUCGCUGGCAGCGAUGCAAAUCUUACCUACAUCAACCUUCAAAAAAAUCAAAAACAAACCCAGCUUCAAGGGGCUCUCUUCCCAUCGUGCAUCAUCAAUGCAAAUGUGCCGUCUGUUAGCGCCUCGCAGGCCGCUUCCAUCCCUGCUGCCGCCAAGAACAGCUUCCUGCCCAAGUAUCAGCUCAAGUUACCUAACGCUGCUGGAACCGAUUCAAAUCCUCCGCCGCAAGUUGUGGAUAAACCGUCAGGAGCAGAUGGCUGCAGCUUCACCUCUGCUCUUUCAUCUCCUCACACUGCACAAAUCGUAAGCUCAGUCGCACCUUGCGAAACGAAUUGUACGGAUCCCAUCGCUUCAUCCUCUCUGAGCGCCUCAGAACAACGGCAUAUCUUGCCCUGUGCAGUCAAUUGUCUAAAUUUCGGCUCUAGCCCAGCUGUAGUGCACAGGCAAUUUGCAGCGACCACAAUAACCACAAGUUGCCUUCAGAGUUAUCACACGGGAUUAUGCAGCACUUUGAUCGAAUCUUCAAAAUGUGCAAAAGGCUCGACGCCUGUGCAGUUAACUAGGCCUGCUGCACCUGUGGUUACAAGCUGCACUGCUACGCUCACCGUAACCACAGCAAACAAUCAGAUACCUUCUGCUGCUGUUCCAGCUUUCUCACAAGAUCAAUUCUAUCCCGGCUCUAAUCCUCCGUUGUCACACACACAGCCAUCGAUGCCAGCGCGCUUGCCGAACCCUCAAAACGGAGCGUGCGUUGCCCCAAAUACCCCAGUGGUAGCGCAGCGCCUGGUGCCGUUUGACCAGGCGCAGCCCACUGCUCAGAAUGUGUUCCACGUGCAGACACCAGAACUCCAGAUCUGCCUCCAAAUUAUAUCCGACGAGCAGUUGGCCCUCAUCGAAUCCCAGAUUGAGCAUCCGUCAGGAGUCAGCCUUUCACAGAGACAUCCCGUGGAAGCAGGGGGCCAAGUUGCCCUUAAUAAAGCUCAAAGAUUUGUCACCGUGGAAAGUAGCAGUGCAGGAAGGGACCGCGAGCAGCCAGGACAUCAAAAGGAAACGCUUGAAAGUGAGUGUUUACCUCUGAGUAACACAGACAGAACAACGCCACAUCUGUCUGUACCUUUUGGGAAAGCAGAGCCAUGUCUCCACCAGGCUGAACGCAGCCAUCCCACUCAGGCAACAGCAUCGGUUGAAUCUGCCCCUCCCGAAAUUCCAGCUCUGAUGUUAAACCCACACAAAUACAACCAUGUAAACACGAUGACACAGACUAAGAGCUCCGUGACUGAUGCUGUGUCGACCGCUGCAUCGGUCGGAGGUGUAAAGUCGGGAAGAAGCCAAACCUCAGAGGAGGAACAGGACCUUACUUUGAACCGAUGUGCCGAGCAGCAACUUUUGCCGGACAGGGGGGUCAUCCAGGGUGGACUGGUCUCACAAACGCUCUCGGGCCAGAACAAACUCAGUGUGGGCUCUCCUUCCCCAAAAGCAAAUCAGAACAGCGUGAACAGUGAACCAACGAGCAAAGAAAGCCAACACAAACUCAUAAAUCAUGACUCCUUGUGUCACGUAGGAACGAUAACGGCCAAAGGUGAAGCUUCGGCGCACAAAAGCAGCAGAACAGAAAGUGAAGAGUUCCCCGGUCAGGAACUCUCUGGGUCAGGCCCUUCAUUUACCACCAAUAGAUGCAAAGCUCCAAGACAGCUGAUCACACAAGCAUCCAUCUACAGCAGUGAUCUCAUGGACCCUUCAUUAUCUGAGACUCUGAAUUCACCUAAGCAUACAAUUAUGGGAUGUGACACAAAGAGGCCUUCAGACAAAUCCGCUCCGUCAUGGGACCUGACUCCAUGUCAGUCGCAGGAUGCACUCAGCUCAGGCCACUUAGUGUCUUCAAAUAUCCAGACGGAAAGACCCAAAGAUAUUUCCACUGUGCAUUUAGGAAUUCGCAGCCCAACCACAGAGCCUAUUGAGGGAACCUCCCUGGAGGAAUGCCCAGCCCAGAGGGAGCUGCAGACAUGGGAACAUUCAGGGACUCCCGGGCAGACGCACAACGCAGCCUGGAAGCCAAAGCAGAACCAAGAGGCUGGAGACGCCAACCACCACCAACAAUGCACAGAGGAGCAAGCUGGUGGUGGUGGAGUGACGGGAGAGGACAAGAAAAGAGGAAUCAAGACGGACACGUUUCCAGGGCCGUGUGGCAAGGCGGAGUCUGACUGCAGAGCCACGGUUCGGCCAAAUACGACAAAACCAGAGGGAGAAGAAGGCAAGGUCAAGGCGGAUUCCUUUCAAAACUCCUGGCUAUCCGAGCAGCAUCUACAGCACCUUUCCCAGACGCACUCAGGAAUGUUGGAAUAUCCUCCUGCGAGCUCUCUGCAAGCUCCCAGCAUGUCCAAUAACCUUAAUUCACCUGCCGGCAACAUUCAAACUAGUCUUCUCAAUCCACUGCAGCCCACGCCAGAGCUCAACCAAUUUUAUAUCUCACAACAGAACUGGGAAAGCAGCAGCACCAUCAUCCCUAAACAGCAAACACAAUUCUUAUGUGAGUUCAGGUCGAGCCAGCAUGUGAAACCACAGGUUGAGCCAUCGGAAACGCAAAAUGCUUUCUCGAGAUGCAAGUCUGAUCCUAAGCAAGACCAAAGGCAAACCGGCACAUCUCUGUCCAUUCUGCAUGGAAACGCUGCUGCAGGUAACAGCGGUGUUGCGGUAAGCUGUUGCAGUAAGGUAACAUUAGGAAGUCACACGAGCCUCUCGUCCGACGACGGAGCAUCAUCGCCCAUGCACUCCAGCAAGGUUGCCCAACUUUGCAGUGCCACGCAAACAUCAAAGAUCAACCAGAACACUGGGUUGCCGUCAAAGCCUUGCACAUACCCCGACACUGUUGAAAAGCACGACUCUAUGGAUAAGGUAACAAAUGACUACACGAGUCAGAGCAGCGACCCCGGUAGACCUGACAUAACCAACAAAUCAUGCCAGUCAGUUUUCUUGACCGGCCCGCUUCAUGGCUACAAUCCCGCUGAGUGUAUGACCAGUGGCGUGAGGCCGGUGCAAAGCUGCCAGGACUACAUGGAGGACACCAGCAGCAGCGACGACGAAGGAAAGCUAAUCAUCGAGCUUUAGGGGAAAAGGUGAACAUGCAGAGCGGGACAUACUCUCAAAGGUCAUUUACAAGUUUAAUUUGCUGUAGAUAAAUAUACGUUUACUGUAUAUAACGGGUUUGAUUGCUCAGACAGGCUGAAAUACUGUAAUAUCGACAGCCAGGUUAAAAUCUGUGGGCGGAGCCACAUGUUUAAAAACUAAUUUCACCACAAAUUGCACAAAUGCCACAAUUAAAAGUAAGAUUUUAAAAGCUCAUGCAGCGUUUAAUCAUGUUAAGAGUGUCGUACAAAUUAAAUCAUUAUUAAGAUAAACAGGAUUUACUUUGCAAAUUUAAUGAGUGACGUUCAUCCACGGCUACUAUCAAAAUCUAUAUUUAUGAGUCCCUGAAAACUAACUUCAAUAACUUAAAUUAAAAAAAUUGGCAACUUAUGUCUCCAUGAAAUUUUGGUUAUCUUUUUUGGUAGCUACUUUAAUCAUUAGAAGGGUCGUGAUCUGUGGCAUAGGUCUUCAACAGGGGGUCCGCAACCCCUAGGGGGUCCGCAUAGGUACUGCAGGGUGGUCACAAAAUCUUUGAUUGAUGUUUGUUUUGCGCCACACUAGCUGAGACCUGUCAAUCAAAACCUCCUGUACCACAGUAGGCCCCGCCCCUAUCUCUGCUGAGCCAAUCACGAGGCUGCAUAUUACACGCUGACAGCCAUGUUGCCCGCUAGGUUGGCCGAGACUUUAUCCAGUCCCCGGGUGAAAUCCCAUACGCCGACAUACACUGUAAUAUUAGCAGAAGAGAAGCUAACAGUGCAGCUCCCAUCAGUUCAGCUACUGAGCCAAAAUGGAUUGGUGAUUCACUGUCCCUACUACAUUUAGCUGUGUUUAAAUUUAAAACUUGAAGAUGUCAACUAUUAUCUUUCCUUGUAAACAUACCAGUUACGUAUGCGUAUGUUAGGUAUGUCUAUGUUUACUGCAGUUGCACAGCAGCCCUACUGUUGCACAUAUUUGAAAUAAAAAAUGAAUAUGUGAACCUGUGUAUUAUUUGAAUAGCCUAAUAUCGAAUGUAAAAUGAUAAUAACAAUGUAUAUUUAUAAUUAGCACUAGGCUGAGUUUAACAUAGAGCACAUAUAGUAGGUAGCGGGUCCCUACUUAAUCUGAAAAAUCAUUGAAGACCCCUGAUCUGGACUGGGAAACAGUUUUACAACAUCUGACAUGACAGGGAAAAUAUAAUAAAUUGACUUAAGUGGAUCAGAUAAAAAAAAAAGAAAUCCUGACAGCUAUGACUGAACUCAGGACCCAACAUGUUAUUGUGAGUCAGUGUCUGAAAUGUAAUUACAAAAAUAAGCUGCACCGUGUUAUUUGCCAUGAGAUGCCGCUCUCCCUGUAAGGUAUCAUUUACAAAUAUAAGUGGGCCUAUUAACGAAGGAGGCGUUUUGAAUUCCAAAGCAGUUAAAUCUGUGUUAUGUGUGAAAUUGUAGAGCAAAGAGAGGUAAAAAUUGCUUUUGCUCAUUUUUUAGAAACGUCCACUUUCCAACGACAUUCUCACAAACUGGGUCAAUGUCAGCAAUGUUGGAAAAAGGCCUGAUGUUUUGGGGCGGAGAGAAAUUUAUUUAUUUAUUUGUUUUCAGUCGUGAAGGCGAGGCUUUCAGACUUUCUCCUCUGGCGUGAGAUUUGUUUGGGCAGCACGGGAGCGUAAAACUUCAACCGAGACGUGUGACUCACGCCCGCUGCGUGAGAGUUGGCUUCGAAAACAAUGAAUUCCACACAGGCCUCUGUUGUGUAGCUAUUAACUCUUAACAUAACAGAGAAGUUUCAGAUAAAUCAGUGUCACUCCGAUGGAAAUAAUUAAAAAAAGGAGGUAGCGAUAUCAAGUUAAGGUUGUCACAAGUUUACCUCUUGUCUUUUAGAUCGCACCCACGAGUGUAAACAGGAAACCUGUGGCUCCUUCCACUAUUUCAACCCAACCUGUGCGAUUACUCCUGCCCCUAAGAAAUGUUUUGUAACUCGUGCUCUGCUCACACACAGUUGCACAUAAACACAAACUGCCACGGUGCGCGCCUACCUACCUUCCCACCCUGACUCUCCCUCUCAUAAAUCACGCUCUGUACCUUCCCAGACGACACCUGUUUGUAUGAAUCACGCUAAAAACGCUGCCAAUCAUCCAUUAGGCCGAUCUCUGUUGCCCGGGGGCAAAGCAGGUGUCGGCUGGAGGGGGAAUGACCCCUUUCCCAGUCUGGGUUUUGUGAUGAGUCAACAGCUAUGAUAAGACGCCGGGACCAGGAAGUGAGUGUAUGUGUAACAUUUCUGUAGAUACAUUCACAGCUAUAACUCAACGCUGACUUGCUUGUCACUCCUCAGCCUAUUUAUAGUCAUUAAGUCCUUCGCACCUGACGGGUAAACGAAGUGCUGACUGAGCUCCGCUUCCUGUUGGGUUUGACGUGUUUCGGUGAGUCGAUGGUGCAGAAGGUUUGCUUGGCCGCGUUUACAAACCGAUAUAACGCUGUGGCACAAACAGCAGCGUUCGCUUUGUUUUCAUUUUCUACUUUUGCAGCUUGCAGAUGUGAGCGUGACAGACAAAACAAAUAAAUUCAUCUCCAAAUGCA